UUUCCCACUCUCUCUGACAGAGAGAGAGAGCUUCUUCUAUGGCGAACGGUAUCCAAUCGCCGACUCCGUUCUUGUUGAGCCCGAACAACGACCAACUCGAACGCGCGCAGGUACGCGCCGCACGCGCGGCCGCCAAUCGGCGCAAAGCUGCAGCGGUUACCAGUCUUCCUUCUCCGCCGAACGAUCCUUGCCUCAGCGACGAACAGGUUGCCGAACUCUUCCACCGCUGCAUCAAACUCGCCAGCGAAAAUAAAAUAAACCAGAAGAACAGUUGGGAGCUUAAGCUUAUAGAUCAUCUCAGCGACAUUAUUAAAGUCGAAGCGGGAAAUGACUCAGAGACAAAUUUCCAAAAGGCAAGUUGUACAUUAGAAGCAGGGGUGAAAAUUUACUCUCUGAGGGUGGAUUCAGUGCACGCUGAAGCGUAUAAAGUUCUGGGUAGGAUCAAUCGAGCUGGUCUUGAAGAUGGACAAGAGACCACUAUGGAGGAUGGCAAUGUCAGCGAUGGGAAGGAUAAGAGUCAGUGUAAGAAAGAGGUGGAGCGGAAGGUAUCACCACUAUCGACAUUGGAAUCGUCCUUUGAAGCUCUAAACUUGAAGAAGUUUGAUGUUGCAUUCGUGGUAGAUCCCCUAUAUCAUCAAACAUCUGCACAGUUUGAUGAAGGUGGAGCCAAGGGUCUGCUAUUGAAUAAUCUUGGAGUAUAUGGAAGAUGCCAGGUGCUUUUUGAUUCUUCAGAAAUUCCAGGGAAGUGCAGAUCAUGUCGAUUGAAAAAUAAAGCCUUGGAUUUGAUAGAUUUAUCUUUUGAGAAAGAAUCAAUUCAGCAGAUGGUGACUCACAUGCUUGGAAAAAAUGAAAUUUCUCCUACUCUAAAUGAUAUACUAUGCCGUAUUGAUAAAGAUAAUCGACGACCAGCACAAGCUUUUAAUAUAACCCAGAAUCCAGAUCUUCCUGCAGAUGCAUUUGAUGAUAACGAAGUUGGGUUAGACUUUUCAUCUGGGAGAUAUGACACGGCGACCAUUGAACAUGAACGUGGUGAUGAUAUAUAUGUCAGUCAUGAGGAUGUAAACUUUGGAACAUUUCAAAGUCAUCAGGAGGAUAAUAACUCGUACACAUCAGUUGAAGCUGAUAUGGAUGCCAGAUUUGAGGAAGUUUCCACGUUUUUGUUACAAGGGUUGGCAAUCACUUCCAAGAAAAAUGCAUGGGCCGGUCCUGAUCACUGGAAAUAUUGGAGGCCUAAGGGUUCUGAGGAUGCUCCUGCCACUCCAAGUACACCAACUAAUAAGAGAUCAAAGAACAAAAACAAUACACAAGUUGAGCUUGUUUUCACAACAUCUAUAGACAAAGAAUUUCCAGAUAUAUUUUCUCCACCAAAAACUUUGAAGUCCUUACUCCUAUCUGCAAAUAGAGUACCAAGUCACAGGCUUCCAGAAGAUUGCCAUUAUCCAGCUGACGAUCUUGUCAAGUUGUUCCUUCUUCCUAGUGUUCUGUUGCUUGGGAAGAGAAGACGGAAUCAUAUAGAUGAUAACUCAUGGGAACAAAGAAAUAAUUUUGAUGAAGCAUUGCCAUCAUGGGGCAAUUUGAGUGUGGCUAGUGAUCAAUAUAAUGAUGGAUGUGCUCAUGGCAGUGUGGAAGAUUUGGAUACACUAAUCCCUCAACCUCGCCAGGUAACCAGAAUUGAAGUUCAGUGUGACAGAACUUCAAAAGGAGUUGAUCUUCAUGCAUUGAAAAAAACUCUUUGGGAUCACAUGCAAGAAUUUGUUAAAGGUCCUGAACUGGAGUUGAAGGAUACUAUAUCUUUCAAAGUUAUCCUGUCCACCUUUCCCAUCAACUGCCAAGCUACAAUGCCUGAGGAUAUUUCACCCCAUUUGUGUUUCAUCUGCCUUUUGCAUUUGGCAAAUGAGCAUGGGCUAAGCAUACAUGGCUUCCCCAGUUUAGAUGACUUGAGCAUUCAUCUUCCCUCUUGUUUAAACUCAUCCGAUGGAGUGGUCCAGCCUUCAUCAUGGCCUAAGAUGCAGUGUAUAUAUUGAUAUGUAAAUAUUUGAAGGUAGCAUGUCUUCACCUUAUGCAAGUUGGCAGGGUCUCAGCAUCUGUGAAAGCAAAGUAAGCCUAUUUUAACCGUCUUGAUCCACAUAUUUUGUUGCAUGCAUUUGUCUAUAAUGUGAGCAUGCCACUAAACAUUGCUUAAUCUUAUCCAGAUUAUGUAUAUGCUGUUCAAUGUGCCUAUUAUGAGUAUCUUUUAAGUAUCAGUUUCAGCCAAACGUUGCUUCCAGUG